AUGUUUCGCAACAGUGCCGACUACCAUGGCGAACGAGAGCAACAAAAACCUCACGAGCCUUCGAUCCACGACCACGAUCAAUGGAAUCUUACGCCUUCAGUAUUGGACUCAAACUCAUUCUCCUUCUCUCAAUUUGCAAACCACGAUCCUGUCGAAUUCACCGCGACCGGAACUGCGAUGGGCCCAAUGUUCCACAACCGGGCGGGCGACCUCCACACUCCUGGUUUUGGGAUCCAACUCGGUACUCCUCUGACAACGAGCGACAGUAACCUUUCAAUGAUUGAUCCCCAUGGGCUACAUGGCAGCCUAUUGCAUCAACACGCUUUCCACAGCGCCCAGGAACUUCACCUUCAGCAAUCAUAUGCGCCGCACGCAUUUGUGCAUCGAGAUUCUGGCUAUGAGACGAUGGGUCCAUCAAAAAGCCUCUCGGCUGGUCGAGGAUCGGACGCCGCGCAGGAUGCAUUGGUCAGCUCGCAUUUCUCGCAUCAUGAUGCUAGCGUCAACGAGAUGAAUUGUCAUGAGGUAUCAUCAGGGGAGAAGCUCCGAUAUCGUGUGACGCUAAACGCUGCGACGGCCAUGGUGAAGCAGUCAACAGAGAUUCCAGUCACCUACCUCAACAAAGGUCAAGCUUAUGCCCUGUCCAUACAUGACACACUCGGCUCAGGACCCGCUCCUGGGCCUUGCAAAUAUCGCACGAUUGUCAGGGUUUCCUUUGAAGACGAGGAGCAGAGACAGAGGCCGUCAGCCUGUUGGCAACUGUGGAAGGAAGGCCGUGGUACUGCCGAGGCACAUCAGAGAGCCGGUAAACUCCAAGCUGUUGAGUUUGUUGACCAGCAUCAAGGGGCCGAUGGUGAUCAGAAGCGACCAAGGAUCGACCUGGACAUGGCAUCAUUCGACUCAUUCGCUGUCACUUGGAGUCCUGCAGCAGGCUCUGCUACUGCGGAUUGUACAGUGGCCGUGCGGUUUAAUUUUCUAUCGACUGAUUUCAGCCACUCCAAGGGCGUCAAGGGAAUCCCCGUCCGACUCUGUGCAAAGACUGAGCUCAUCUCUUCAAAUACGCCGGAAUCGACUCCUGGAUCGACUGCCGAAGUCUCUUACUGCAAAGUGAAAUUAUUCCGAGACCACGGCGCGGAGCGCAAACUUUCCAACGAUGUCGCACACAUCAAGAAAACCAUCGACAAGCUAAAACAACAGAUCACUCAAGUCGAGAACGGAUUGAAAGACGUCGGAAAGCGGAAACGGCAAGAUUCGACAGUCGCAAAGCCAUGUAGCCAUCGAGCUGGGAAAGCGCCAAAGCAUCGAAGAACCUGGUCUGUGUCUUCCAAUGGCUCGAGCGAGCGACCCACCAUCGAAGACGAUUUACACAUCAAGCUUGCCACUUUCCAAGAUAUGUUCAGCUCGACACGACCCGUCAGCGUGCUCCAUCUGAAAGGCGACAAUGAAGAUGAUCCCGACGACUAUCCAGUGUCUUUACCUGGGCAUCCUCUAGAUCUAGCGAGCAUUCCCAUGAUCGAGCGCAGACCUUCGUAUGAGACGGGAAGUCUAAGCGGCCAAAGUACACCUACACCAUGCAAAGCAAUCUCUCCCGUCUCCGCAACGCAACCCAACAUUACGACAGAAACUUCCCAACAAGGCCUGUCUGCCUAUCAAGGAUCUCUUGUCAUGGAGCAACUUCAUCCUCACUCCGACUGGGAUCAUCUGACUCAUGUUUCUAACCCCAAUUUCACCUACGAUGCACCGACCAAGGUAACGAGGCACGACGACACGCAUAGCCUUCCUGCUUGGAUCGAAGCAUCCGGGGUUGAUCAUUCAUAUCAAGCGCCACCAGAACGAGCGAGCAAGCCUAUCGCCUGCUGCUACAUUCGAGGCUCUCUACCGAAUAGUAAGGCACAGCCUGACUACUACCAGGCGGUCUACUUGAUGGAGAGGACAGCAAGGCACUUGAUCAAGGGUGUUGCUACUAAGUGUGACGUCGACCCGGCAUCUAUCGCCCGUGCUUUACGAAUUGAUCCGAGAGGAUUGAAGAUCAUAAUCGACGAUGAAGUGGUACGCGAAUUACCGGAAGGGCAGGAUAUGAUCGUGGAACUCAUAGAGCUUGACGGUGUUUCGAAGCAAGAACCGGGCUCGGGCCAGGCCACCCCCCUCUCAAGGCCAAAUCCAUAUUUCCAGAAUGCGAAUCUCGAAUUAAGACUCAUGUUCUAA